AUGGGUCAUCGACGAUGGUUGCCACCAGAUCACAUUUGGAGACGGAAAAAGAAUUCUUUUAAUGGGUACGAAGAGCAUCGACUCCAACCAUCAAGGGUCGAGGGAGAGGAAUUGCUAGAACAAUUACGUGGGGUGUCACAUGUCCAGUUUGGUAAAUCUUCUUUGAAGAGGAAACGAACUCCCAAUCAACUAAAUUGGACAAAAAAGUCUAUAUUUUUUGAGCUUCCGUACUGGUUAGACUUGGGGUUGAGACAUAACUUGGACAUUAUGCAUAUUGAGAAAAACAUAUGUGAUAACGUGUUGGGAACUUUGCUCAAUAUUGAUGGGAAAACCAAGGACUCCGCCAAUGCACGUAGGGAUUUGGCUAAUCUUGGACUAAGAAAAGAAUUGCAUUUACAACAUGAUGGCGAUUUGUUGCAUCAACUUCAAGCUAAUAUUCCUAUUAUCCUUUGUAAACUGGAAAUGAUAUUCCCUCCCGCAUUUUUUGAUAUCAUGGUGCACCUAGCCAUUCAUUUGUCAGAGGAGGCAUUGCUAGUAGGACUCGUGCAAUAUAGAUGGAUGUACCCUUUUAAAAGGUAUCUAGGGAAGUUCAAGAUGUACGUUCGCAACAGAGCCCAUCCAGAAGGCUCAAUUGCUGAGGCAUAUGUUCAUCUCGAGUGUCUGACAUUUUGCUCUAUGUAUCUUCGCGAUAUUGAGACUAGAUAUAACCGAGAGGAACGUAACAGUGACGUGGUUGGUGGUUCGAAUGAGUCGGGAAAUAAGCCUUGUUUAUCUGUUUUGUCACAAAAGGUUCGACCACUUGGGACAGCAAGCUCUAAGAAAUUGUCUGACACAUUAAUGAGAAAGGCCCAAUGGGAGCACUAUAACAUAUUGAAAGAAGAGGACCCUCAUAAUAUCGAUCGUAGGCAUCAGAAUUCGAGAUUGCGUGCAAUUAGGCCAAGUGAGGUAACCGAUGACAUAUAUGCAUUAGCAUGUGGUCCAGAUCCGUGGGUCGCAUCAUAUGCCGGAUGCAUAAUGAAUGGAGUUCGCUUCCAUACGAAAGAGCGUGAAAGGCAUCGGCGCACCCAAAACAGCGGGGUGGUGGUUCAUGGCGAGCACCAUGGAUCUCCUGUUGACUUCUAUGGCGUGUUGCAUGAUAUUAUAGAAUUACGCUAUAUGGGUUGGCACAAGGUUUAUCUGUUUAGUUGUGCUUGGUAUGACGUUGGCGACCCAAGAAGGGGGAUACAUGUGAGGGACCACUUUACAAUAGUGAAUACUGCUAGGCACAUGUAUAAAGAUGAGCCUUUCGCCCUUGCUGCCAAGCAUUGCAAGUGUUUUAUCUCACGGACCUAA